AUGGCACCCAAAGCCGCAAAAGCGAAAGCUGUUGGAAAGGCAGUGACCAAAGCCGCGGGCAAAGCCUCUGCCCCUCGGCCCGAGCCGCCCACAAAGCCUCCAGUCCCGGCCGUCCCGGCGCCCAGCGAGGCCGUGACUCUGACUGCCAAGCAGGCCGAAGGGCUCUUAGCCAGCCUUUGCGCAGAGGAACUCCGCAUCCUCGCUGAGACCAUGGAUGAGGAAGAGCAGCUUGCAGCUCGCCAGAUGCUCGAGUAUGUUGGCGACAAAGAUGUGAGCUGGGAAAAUGCGCAACGGUCACUUUCCACCGGCAACCAGCUUGUCAAUGAGAUCUUGGAGAUGCAGACAGGCGAAUUCAUCACGAAGCAAAGCUUGCAGAGGUUUGAAGAGCUCGGCCACCCGGACAUUUCCGCACUGUGGGGCAAAAGCCGAACUGCUUACAUCCUGGCGGUUUUCGUCCAGGCGUGUGUUCGGGAUGCUCGUGAUCGUCUGGGACUGACGGCCGCAGCACCCCCUCCACCCCCAAUGCCGCAAGAGCCUCCAGCAUGGCCCCUGGUUAUCGGCUUCAAGGAGUUGCCUGCGCGUAUUGCAGAAGUUGUCCGGUGGAGCAGAACGGUGCUGGUGGUGUGCAACGGCCAUGCCAAGGAAGCUGACACGUUCCUGACAUACUCUGCGUACGUGCAAAUUGAUGCCAAAUGGGUCAUGGGAGAAACUAUGAUCAGAAAGACCAUGGGCAUCGAAGAAAUGCAGGAAAGCCUGCGACAACGAGUUGUGAGCGCAAUGAAGACUGGACUGCCAUUGCAUAUCGCCAUGGCAAACACGGCCGUGGCUUUCAAAGACAAGUUUUGCGCAGAGCGAACAUUUCCUCAUUCUGUAUUCAAUUUUUCAAUGUUCAAAGGUGAGACGGGAACGGAGGCAGGCGAGUAUAAGAAGAUCAUUCGAGAUGCGGACUUGGAGGAUUGGCCUGGCAGCUUUCCCGGGCAAAUGAAGGAGGGUUUCUUCGUGGUGGUCACAACUGACUUUGACCUCGAGUCUGCUCGAGAAUUCCUCCCCUCAUCUCUACCGUACUUCGACGACAUGGCCAUCCUGGAAGUCGACCCCGCGUUAUGUGCUUGCCGGACAACUAUGGAGACGUCAUCUCAGAACAUGGGCUACGAUCCCAUAGCUGGUGGCAACUUGAAGUGGGGCAUCCUUGAGAAGGGGGCUUGCCAGCGCAUGGCCGUUCCACACACAUCGUUGCUCGACAUGUUCGACACCUGCAUGGCCAGCACCCUUUUGCUCCUGCGAGCGAUGACCGACUGUCGACGUCUGUCGUACCGGCAUCGCAUCUCGGCGUCGGCGCAGUGGCAGUUCGAGAUUCCCUCUUGCUGCCUGGGAGUGGCAUUUCCUGCCGCGCUGCAGGAGAGGCAACUUCAGCUCGACUUGGAUCGGACUUGGCCAUCUUUGCGUAUGUUUUCAGAGCACAGCGGUGGUCGACGGUCGCUGGCCAACCUGCUGAAGGCUUGGAUCAUCUUCGAUGGGAACGAAGCCCAGCAGGUUCACAACUACGACCUGCGUAGCAUGUUUGAAGCUCCCGAUAUGCACGGAUUGAAGGCACAGCCCCUGGUGGUUUGCGAGUCUGAUGCUGUUCAGAAGCACCACAGACCGGCACAGAUGCCAGGUCUGCUCUUCACGGAGUGGCUGCCUGGCGCUCUGGAAUGCUCUGGACUUCACUUGUGGCAGGCUGACUCUGUUCGCAGGGAGCAUGCCCCUGCGAUCCUGUGGGAUCACUUCUUCCAGGAAGGUUUAUGCGUAGGCUCACUGUGCGCCAUGGCCUUUGUCAAGACGCACAGGGAAGAAACCACGCGAAGAGCUCAAGGUCCAGACUUCGCAGCACGUUUUGAUGCUCGGCUGGAUUUCCUGGAAGAAGCCUUGACUGCCUUUCAGGCACAGGUGGAACAAAAACAACACGCCUCCAGACACUUGCUGGACAUGAACAUCGACAGUGUUCGGCGGGAGCUGGAAGCAGCAGCACGAGCCAUCCAGCAGAAGGACCACACCGAGCUUUUGCAACAAGCAGAGGCUGUGGCAGCCAGCUCGGCCACAAAGGCUGUCCGAGAGUCGCUGCACGAGGAGAUGGUGGGUAUCACGCGCAAGAUAACCGCGAUAAGCGAUACGUUGGAUGAGCGCCUCCGAAUCAUGGAGGAUAGGCUCAAAGCAAUGGACAAACGCCUUGGCAAAUCCGUGGAAGAAUUCUACCACCAAGUAGAGGACUUGGAACACCGCUUCGCAAACGACGAGAGCAAGCUGGACCCGACCGUGGCAGCACUGAUCCCCAAGCUUGUCCAGAGCUGGGGUGAGGGACAAUUCACCUCGCAGGGUGACAUGGCGAAGUGGAUCGAGGGCAAGUUCGACAACCUCGAAGCUGACCUGUCCGGAGACAUGCGAGGCUUAAAAGUUGAGAUUCAGGAGCUGCUCAAGAAUGCGAACAAAAACAUGAGCCAGCGAAUGGACCAACUCGUUUCGGAGUGCGUGGAAAACAAGAUAACUCCUGUCGAGAACCAGCUGACAUCCAUGGAGAUGAUGCUCAGGAAUGUACUUGCUCGUCAAACUGCUCUGGAAGAAAACCCUCCUGCAGCGCGGCAGGCGGAGGAGGAGGUGUACGAAGAUCCGGUGGAGACACAGCCAGAAGCUGCACCGGCAGGCGACAGCUUGGGCUCGUGGUUGAAGAAUCAGAUCCGUGCGAUUACAGACCAGGCCGGGCAGAGCAGCGAGGAGCAGGAGCUGAGUGGCCCAGAGCUCUUGGCCUGGAUGAGGAAUCAGGUCACAGACAUGGUGCAAGACCUGGUGCCACCGCCGAACCAGAAGCACAACUCCCUGUGCAGCAGCACCUCUGACGUCCCUUCCCAGGCUGGUGAGGACGUGGUUGCUGCAGCUGAGUCUGCUGAAAAGCUGUCGAACCUUGAGAUCAGCACCUCAAACUUGGCCUCGCGCCUUGCUGCCCUCGAGGAUGCGGCUCUGGUUGGUCGUGUGGCGGCCCUCGAGGGUGCAUGCUUGGAAGAGCGGCUUGCACUACUCGAAACUUCGCGUCCGGUGUUUUCAGGGGGGCUUCCUGCAGCUACUGCCGGCAACCAGACUGGCCUGAGUCCGGCUAGCAUCAGCCAGGUGCUAUCACUGCGUGAAGAGGUCCAUCGACUGCGCAAUCGAGUCGGCGUACUGGAACAGCUGGUCCAAAUCCCCGACAUGCAAGUCGGACCGACGGAGCCAAAGAGCCCGCCGUACGCUGAGGGUUCCCCAAAGUUGGGAUCACCUCGCAGGUUCGAGGGGGACGAAGACAUAAAGCGCAGCCUCUCUGACUUGUGGUGCGCAGUGUCCGGGGACCAGCGAACUUUGGGCAUCCUUUCCUCGAAAAUGGAAGAUGCUGUGAGAGACUUCUCCAGAUUGCAGAUGCGAUUUGAGGCAGCGCUGCCGCAACUCUUGCAACUUCUAAGCGAGCUUCUGCGCCGCCACGGCGGCGGCACGGGCGAGACUGGAGAGGGAUCGGAGAUGGACGUGCUGGUCGCCAUGCAGAAACUGUUGUUCGGCGGAGAGUCUGGAAUGCCAUUCGUGCCUCACGGCCGCCCGCAGUCGCAGAAUCCACCAAGGCCACAGUGGAACGGCAGCCUAAGUAAAAUAACUGAGACAUGCCUCGGCUCUGUCCACCUUAACUGUGCACCUGUAGACGGGCAAGAAGCUUUUGGAAGAUCGUGUGCCAAGGUGACAGCAAUCAUUGAUUUACACCCAAGGUCGCCCCAUGUGCUGAGGGAGACCUUCAGUGCCUUCGAAGCCGUGAUGCGCAGUGAAAUGGAAAGGCUGAGAGAUGAGUUUUUCCGGGCAAUGGCCGACAAGGCCAAAAUCGAUGACACCGAAUUUCUCGCAGAGCAGAUGCGGCUUCUACAUGGACAGUUUCAGAUGCUGUGGCAGAAUUUCGAGAAGCUCAUAGCUGGUGAAAAGGAGUCAAACGCUGCAAUCUGGCGUACGCCGCUUCAUGCCAGAUGCGUGAGCUGCGACAAGAAAGUGGACAUCAAGGGCAUGGUGCUGCUGGAUCGGGAUCCUGCGUUCUUGCAAACACAGUCGCCAAGCCCUGUUCCCUACGAGCGUGCUUCCUCUGCCCGGCGUGCCCGGGGACCACGGGAUUUGCCGUCACUCAGCAGGCCAGAUUCCCCGCAGGCUUUGCAAUGA